UCCGUGUGGCCCCCGCAGGCGAGAUCAUGGGCUCGUGCUGCAGCCCGUUAAUCGGCGAAGGCAUGGCCAAGGUGUGCAUGCACGGCCUCAUGCUCCAGUACCGGAACCAAGGGCUGGGCACUCUGCUGGCCAACAAGGCCAUGGCACACAUCGGGGACACCGACGCAUACAUCGUGUGCAUCCCCGAACACGAGCACAUCUACCUCAACAGGUACCAGUUCAACGUUAGUCCGAGGGUCUUCCAGAUCAUGGGACCCUGCAUCCCCAAGAUCGACGACGCUAUCAAGUCUAUACCCGAGAUACGCGUCCUCGAGUCAGACCGUGGUGUGCACGAAAUGCUCAUGGAGUACGACACGGACGUCGUUGGGUUUAACAGGUCGGCCUUUCUGGGACGGCUGAUGCACUCCAAGAACACGAUGAUUCGUGUUGCCGUUCGCGAAGACAACCAGAUCGCCGGCUACGGCUUCAUCGGCGACGGCGUUCACGGAGCGGCCAUUGUGUUCCACCUGAGUGCCGACACGACGGACAUCGCGGAACUGCUGCUCGGGUCCCUCCUCAGGGGCUUCCCUGGAGUCUUCACCAAGGGCGUCUGGGCCGUCGGCUGCAUCCAAAACUACGAGACCCACAACUUCUUCAAGAAGUUCAACCUCAAGUCCAUCCACGAGCUCAAGCUCCUCAGGAGACGCGGCGGUUUCGACAACGACAUGUCGAGGGUUUUUGUUCUCUAUUAAAAAAAAAGAAAUGGAAAGAAAUUAAACAAGCGUUUUCGCUGCGAA